AUUAAAAUGAAUGACAAAAUAGACAAUAUUGACCUAACCCCAGCUCAAAUUGCUGAAUUUAAAGAGGCAUUCUCUCUCUUUGACCAUGAUGAGAACGGAUCUGUUAGCAUAUCUGAGCUAGGAGAUGUCCUCCGAGCUCUUGGCCAGAACCCUACUGACAACGAGCUGCGAGACAUGGUCAAUGAGAUUGACGAGGAUGGAAAUGGAACGAUCGAAUUCAUGGAGUUCCUCAUUUUGCUUACCUCUAAGUCUAAAGAAAUGUCUCAGGAGGAAGAAAUUACAGAAGCAUUCAAAAUACUCGAUAGAGAAAGAGACGACUAUGUUUCUCUCAAAGAAAUAAAAUUCUUCAUGCGAAAAGUAGCUCAUAUCAAACUUUCUAACGCAGAGGCUGAGGCAAUGCUCAAUUACGCCGAUUCUGACGGAGAUGGGAUGGUUACCUUCGAGGAUUUCCGACAGCUUGCUAAAAAAUUGUACUUUGAAAAAGUAUAGCUCUUCAAAAGCUCUUUUAACAGAAUAAAAUCCUCUUUAACAAUACAAAUUUCAAUCUU